AGGGACAAAGCUCGGAUCUUUGUUUCCCCACACAUUCCCCCCUAAUGACAUCCUUAAAUCUUCCCAAACCGUAUCUCAGUUCCUCUCUCUCUCUCUCUCUCUCUCUCUCUCUCCUCUGGGAAAACUGAAUGGCAUUACCCCACGUCUCUCUCUCUCUCUCUCUCUCUCUCUCUGCUCGCUCUUUCACUUUCCAUGGAUUGAAAGCUAAGUCUCUCUGUCGCUGACGCUCGAAAGCGAAAGUGUGGAUGCGAAGCCAAAAAAUUUGUACCCAGAAGUUUUAACCUUCAAGACCCAGCAACAAUCCAUGCCCACAUGCCCCCCCCCCCCCCCUGCCUCCGAGGCCAUCAUUGACGUCGUGUCUCCGCGUUCUCGUCUUGUCUCUGUCGCUGUGACGUCGUUCCUGCGGUCCGGCUAUAUAUGGGCGACAUGGGUUUUCGUUUCUUGUGCCAUGCGGGUGUCUGAAUGUGGUCUUGUUCUUGGUUCAUAGCGCUCGAUAGGCAAUGGGAUUGUUCAGGAAGUUCUUUUACAAGAAGCCGCCCGAGGGGUUCUUGGAGAUUUCUGAAAGAGUCUACGUGUUUGAUUACUGCUUUACCACCGAUGUCUUGGAGGAGGAUGAAUAUAAAGUAUACAUUGGAGGCGUAGUGGGUCAGCUCCGUGACCAUAUCCCCGAUGCCUCUUUCAUGGUGUUCAAUUUCCGGGAAGGAGAGAACCAAAGCCAUAUUGCCAAUUUAUUGUCUAAAUAUGACAUGACUGUCAUGGAUUACCCUCAACAUUAUGAAGGUUGCCCCAUACUUACCAUGGAGAUGAUCCAUCACUUCUUAAGAUCCUCCGAGAGCUGGUUGUUACUCGGGCAACAAAAUGUGCUACUGAUGCACUGUGAAAGAGGUGGGUGGCCAGUUUUGGCAUUCAUGUUGGCGGCACUUCUAAUUUAUAGGAAGCAAUAUAUAGGAGAGCACAAAACAUUGGAUAUGGUUUACAAGCAAGCACCUCGUGAACUCUUGCAGCUGAUGUCCCCUCUCAAUCCAUUGCCUUCACAGUUGAGAUAUCUGCAGUAUGUAUCAAGAAGAAAUGUCGGCUCAGAGUGGCCCCCGCUGGAUAGAGCUCUCACAUUAGACUGCAUUAUACUAAGAUUAAUUCCUACUUUGGAUGCUGAAGGGGGCUGCCGUCCCAUCUUCAGGAUAUAUGGACAGGACCCAUUUAUGGUCGCUGAUAAAACUCCCAAAGUCCUGUUCUCGACACCAAAAAGGAGCAAACUUGUUAGGCAUUACAAGCAGGCAGACUGUGAGCUAGUUAAAAUUGAUAUCCAUUGCCACAUUCAAGGCGAUGUUGUCCUUGAGUGUAUUAGCCUGGAUGAUGGUCUUGAACGUGAAGAAAUGAUGUUCAGAGUGAUGUUUAACACAGCUUUCAUAAGGGCAAAUAUCUUGAUGCUUAACCGUGAUGAAAUCGAUGUGUUAUGGAAUUCCAAAGAUCAGUAUCCCAAGGAUUUUAGAGCAGAGAUUCUUUUCUCGGACAUGGAUGCUGCUUCUUCUCUUAUUCCAGUUGAGUUGCCCAUUAAUGAGGAGAAAGAAGGCCUGCCUGUGGAAGCAUUUGCUAAAGUACAAGAAAUCUUUAGCAGUGUGGACUGGACUGAUCCAAAAGCAGAUGUAGCACUUAAUGUGCUCCACCAAAUCCAGGCAACAAGUGUCGUUUCUGAAAAACUGAAAAGUGGUGGUGCUCAGUAUGAUGUAACGAAUUUGUUGUUGGACUUAAGUCUGGUGAAGGACAGUGAAAAGCAGAAAGAACCUGAAGAUAGAAGCGGGGAUGAGGCUCCUGUGAAACACUCAACGCCUCCUUUAAAACCAUCUCAAGAUGAUAGUACAACUAUCAAGAAAAUGGAAGCGCAAGAAGGACAGGCCCUCAAGCAGAAAUCCAUCUUUUCCUUAGAACCACCUCAAGAUGCUGGCUUAAGUGUUCAAAAGGUUGAGGUUAAAGAACCACAGGUUUCUGCCCAGCGACCUGAUCCAGCAAAGCUUAUUUCGCAAAGAUUACCUCGCACUUCUCUGUCUGCUCCUAUUUUGAACGCUAAUUCAUUACAAGGAUUGUCUGUUCCUGUGUCAAGGUAUCAUAGUGCACCUUCGGCUCUCGGCAUUACAGCUUUGUUGCAAGACCAUGCUGCAUCCAACAGUGACGAAUUCAUCGAUCCAUUGACAAAAUCAUAUAUCCCUGCUAUUUCGUCUCCCAUGUUAAACAUAUCUAGGCCAAUGCAGUCCCGUACAGUGUUGAAUCCACCUUUGCCACAACCAUUACUGGUACUGCCACAACGGCCACCUCUAUCUAGUAAUUCAGUCGGGCCACACACAGCUGUAGAUAAGCUUUCUCAAAAUGCUCAAUUAGCCACGGAAUCAGAUGACUCCUUGCUAAGUGAAACCUUCGGGCCAACACUAUCUCCAUUAGAUGACAAUGCACUUGAGCAAGGUGGUCGGUCAUCAAUUUCAUCCCAUCUUUCACCUCAAUCUUCUUUGUCAGGGCCAUUUGAUUUUCCUGCUACCAAGAUCUCAUCUCCACUUCCUCCUCUAGCUCCUGCUUCUCCAUCCCUAGUGGAAUCUUUAUCCAACGUUGCAGAAAGCUUGUCUCCAAAUACCUCUUCUCCAACCCAUGUCACUUCAACUGUUGCCGCAUCCAUUGGCAACAACUCCUCUCCAUCUCCUCCCCUUCCAGCAUCUGAAGUUUCUGCAUCAGCUGCUUCCCUCAUUUCCAGGGUGCCCUCCACAAAGCGCUUGGCAGUUGUUUCCAAGCCCCGACCCCCACCUCCACCUCCACAUCCUCAUGCUGCCUUGGAUUUUGGGACUGCAGCUCCAGUGCCUCCAGCUCCAGCUCCAGCUCCACCUCCUCUGUGUACUGAACCUGCCUCGGGUUUCGUGAUUGCGCCUCCACCUCCACCUCCACCUCCGCUUCCUCCUAGUUCUUAUCCUGUUUCAGGUUUCGUGACUACACCUCCAGCACCUCCACCUCCACCUUCACCUUCACCUCCACUUCCCUCUUAUUCUGGCAGAGCCUUAGCUUCUAUGGCUGCACCUCCUGUGCCUCCGCCUCCACCUCCUCAAUCUGCCCCUCUGCCAGGUUUUAUGGUUACACCUCCAGCACCUCCCCCUCCCCCACCUCGAUCUGGUCUUCUGCCAGGUUCUACUGUCACAGCUCCAGCAGCUCCACCUCCCCCUCCUCCUGGCUGUGGACCUGUGUCAGGCUCUAUAUCAACACCUUCAGCACCACUUCCUCCACCUCCUCCUGGUUUGACACAGAGAACAUCCAUUUCUAAGAAUUCUGCAACCAUUCCUCCACCCCCUCCCUUAGCUCCUCUAGGUAAAGAGCUUUCAAAAGCUAAUAGUGUCUCUCCAAAUUCUCUCACUGGAGGGAAUAAUGGAUCUGUACCUCCAACUCCUAAUCCUCCAACUGCACCAUUGAACCCAAAGGGGCGUAUUUUAUCGCGUUCAGGUCUGAGAAACCAGGUUCAACAAAAAAAAGCAAACCUGAAGCCUUAUCAUUGGUUAAAACUAACGAGGGCUAUGCAGGGAAGCUUAUGGGCGGAGGCACAAAAGUCUGAUGAUUCUUUAAAGGCUCCAGAGUUUGACAUGUCAGAGCUUGAAAGCCUUUUUUCAGCAGCUUCAACUUCAGGUAGCACUCGUGGAAAAUCAAGUCGUGCUUCUGGACGUAAAUCUGAUAAAAUUCAGCUGGUUGAUCUUCGGAGGGCAUAUAACUGUGAGAUAAUGCUUACAAAGGUCAAAGUUCCAUUGCCCGAUUUGAUGAGUUUUGUCCUUGCCCUAGAUGAUUCGGCAUUAGAUGUGGAUCAGGUCAAUAACCUUAUAAAGUUCUGCCCAACAAAAGAAGAGAUUGACUUACUCAAGGGUUAUAAUGGAGACAAGGAAAACCUGGGAAAAUGUGAGCAGUUCUUCCUAGAAUUGCUGAAAGUUCCGCGAGUAGAGUCCAAGCUGAGGGUUUUCUCAUUUAAGAUACAAUUUCAUUCCCAGGUUUCAGAUCUCAGUAGUAGUUUGAAUGUUGUGAAUGCUGCAUCUGAAGAGAUCAGGAACUCAGUCAAACUAAAGAGAAUUAUGCAGACAAUUCUUUCCUUGGGAAAUGCGUUGAAUCAAGGAACUGCACGGGGUUCUGCAAUUGGAUUCCGAUUGGAUAGUCUCCUUAAACUCACUGAUACACGAGCCAAGAACAACAAGAUAACUCUCAUGCAUUAUCUUUGUAAGGUGCUUGCAGAGAAGCUGCCAGAAGUUAUAGAUUUUCACAAAGACCUUAUGCAUUUAGAGGCUUCAACAAAGGUACAAUUGAAGUUCUUGGCGGAAGAAAUGCAAGCCAUUAGCAAGGGGCUUGAAAAAGUUGUGCAGGAAUUGGCUGCCUCUGAAAAUGAUGGUCCUAUAUCAGAAAACUUUUGUGAGAAUCUGAAGGAGUUUUUAGGUAUUGCUGAGGCGGAGGUGAGGUCGCUGGCUUCGCUUUAUUCCAGUGUGGGUAGAAGUGCAGAUGCAUUGGCCUUAUAUUUCGGGGAAGAUCCAGCUCGAUGCCCAUUUGAGCAAGUUGUAUCGACUCUGCUCAAUUUUGUCAGAAUGUUUAUACGGGCACAUGAUGAAAACUGCAAGCAGUUAGAACUCGAAAAGAAGAAAAUGCAGAAAGAGGCUGAAACACCUAAAAUGAAGAUGGGUGCUCUUCAGGCAGCUUGAAGUAUUGGAAGAUCGUUCGAGGAAUUGCAAAAUGCAAAUUGAGAAUAGGCGACCCUGGCAACUGCUCGGUCUGGACUUGGUGUACUGAAAAUAAGUGGCAUCCAUCAAAUUGUGACAAUGUGAAAGUGCAUCAUUCUCAUCUCGAGGAUUAGAAGAAGCUUGUGCACUUGAGAGAGGUUCUCAUUUCGUGUACAAGGUAAAUGGCUGGCAAGUAUAUAUAGUGAAAUGUGCGAUCCAAACUGGACAUCUGUGGCAGGUAGAGAGGAGUAGAUCUGACAGCAACAACAAGCCGUAGAGAAGACACAAGUAGUUCUCAGAUUGACAGAACACGUGAUCGCUUCUUGAGUAAGAAGCUUAUCGCCGUAACCAUCAUCCUAUGCUACCAUUUGGGCGAUACAGAUCUGCCCGGUAAAUAAUAGUUAAUUUGCUUCUUGAUUGGCUCAACCGCCAUAUAUCUGAUUUUGUUGUAAAAAUGUUAGCAUCAGCAAUGAUCUUGUUCUUUAUCCAAUUCAUUGUUAGAUAAUUCGUUUAGUGUUCA